UGUCGGUCCCGAGUGUGUUCUACCGACCCAAGGAAAGGAUGGAGGAAGCAGAUGCUGCCCGAGAGAAGUUCAAUGUGCCGGAGAGCGAUCAUCUGACUCUCUUGAAUGUGUUCAAUCAGUGGAAGAGUCACGGAUUCCGAGAUGAUUGGGCCAUUCGCCAUUUCUUACAUCCCAAAUUAUUAAGGAAAGCUCGAGAGGUCCGGGCCCAGCUUGAGGACAUCAUGAAGUUUCAGAAGAUGGAGAUCAUCAGUGCUGCGACCGAUUUCGAUGUGAUACGGAAAGCGAUAACUGCCGGGUACUUCCAUCAAGCAGCUAGAGUGAAGGGUAUUGGUGAAUUCAUCAACAUCCGCACUGGCAUGCCAACACAUCUCCAUCCCACCAGUGCUCUUUAUGGUCUCGGUUAUACGCCAACAUAUGUCAUCUACCAUGAGCUGAUAUUGACGUCGAAGGAGUAUAUGACAAUAGUCACAGCUAUUGAUGCAUACUGGUUGGCGGAGCUCGGAUCCGUGUUCUACUCAGUACGGGAGAAGAACUUCGAUGGUUCAGGGUCCCGCCAUCAAGUCGAGCGAGAGUUCUCGAAGAGGGCGGAACUGGAAACCGAGAUGGCAAAGCAGCGCGAAGAGACUGCCAAGAAGGUUGCCGAGGAGGCUAUGACACAAAAGAUAUCCAGCGGCAGUUCGAAGAUUAUCAUGCCCGGGACACCGAGACAUCCGGGUGCUGGUUCUGCUCAUCGCGUCUCGCAAACACCCCGAAGACGUGCAGGGAUAUAGCUCAACCAUUAGAGUAUUGGCGGACAUUCGUAUAGUAUGUAUCAACACUUGGAAUAAUAUCUAUCCUGCCUCCGCUUCAUUUCUGUCGAGCGUGGCUACACCAACC